CGGUUGCAUACAACAUAGCCAUCUUGUCAAGAGUGACUGAGAGAGGGAGGCAACUGUAGGCGCUGUUUAGACUCUCAUUUGUUUUAAAGCGUGAUAUUAAACAGCGGGUUUCUGUCUCGACCGCCGUUAGCUUCACCCCGAGUGUCCCCGCCGACCGACCGUGAGCUGCCGAGGUGAGUGGACACGAAGGACCGCUUUCGGGAAGAUGUCUCACAUACUUGUUCCGACGUAGGGGGAGUGUGCAGCAGCCAGUUGGCUUGACUCGCUAGCUAGCUUGGUGAGUGGAGGGCUGCGGGCCCUCCUCAGCCUAAAGUAGGUCCUGCAGCUGGGCAACACUCUCUGCGACAACGGCCGUUUGACAACUGCACAGCCGGGACAUUAGCAGGCCGGUCCGGACCGACUGAAAGCCCCGGGUCGAUCAUCCUCCGGGCGGCUGGUGUCAGCGUCUAGAGCCGCGUUGCUGGACAAGACGACACAAAGUGUGGCGUUGCGUUAUGAGCUCAUGAAACGCAACAGGAGACCGAGAGAGGAAGAGGGAUGGCGUAGAUUCAUCUUGAUCACAGCGAGAAGUAAAAUAGACCCCAGUGUGCUGUUUAAUAUGAUCUAAGCUCUUAGAGGCUGCACCCAGCUCGUCCCUUUCUGACGGAGGAUACACAUAGCCAUACGGGACUCGGAAUCAGGCUGUCAAUAUGUCGAAAAUGCCGGCCAAGAAGAAGAGCUGUUUCCAGAUCACCAGUGUGACUCAGGCCCAGGUGGCGGCUAUAGGUGCCGCGGACGACACGGAGAGUCUGGACGACCCAGACGAGUCGCGGACUGAAGAUGUGUCGUCAGAGAUCUACGACAUGUCACGGGCUGAGUACGAGCCUGCGUGUGACAGGAGUUCAUCCGAAGAAGCCCUGAAUAAUGUCGGGGAGCCAGAGGCGAUCAGUGUUAUGGCACCAUCACACAUACCUCAAGUCGGUCAGGUGUCUGCGCUGUCAGGCAGCGCCAUGGGGGAGUAUCGGAAGGGGGGAGUGUCGGGCUCGACUCAAGGUGGGCAGCAGCAGCAGCAGCAGCCGGGGAUCGGCGCUGCAACUGGUGUAGCCCCCAUCAGUCAGCCCGGGGCAAUGCAGCAACAGCCUGCUCCUGCAACCAGUGUGUCAGUAAACACAUCCCAACCUGCUGCAGUGACCAGUUCAGCUCCUGCUCCUGCCACCUCCACAGUGAGUUGCACUUCACGCUUCAGGGUCAUCAAACUCGAUCAUGGUACCGGAGAACCCUUUCGAAGAGGCAGGUGGACGUGUACAGAGUUUUACGAGAAGGACUCUGAGGGCUCUGCUGUCAGUAGGACUGUAGAUAGCAUUAGGCAUGCCAGUGCGACCGCACUGGACCCUGCUGCGGACAGAGACAGUGGGAUCGGGCAAACGGGAGGAUCUGUGGUUGCCCCGGCAACACACUCAGGUCAGGGUUUGGGCUCUGUGGCGGACGCUUCUGUCCCGUCAUCCCGCAUGCAUUCAGUGGAGACGCCACCGCAGCAGCAGCAACAAAUCCAGCAUCCACACUACAGCGCCCGGCAGCAGGGUGUCAGUGGGUCGGCCACGAAGAGUGCGUUCUCCAGCAGCAAGCCUGCAGCUGUCCCAGCUCAGCCAACAGUGGGUCUCCAGCCUUCUGCUCCCCAGGGCGUGCUGCCCGUAGGACAAAACGGCCUGCCUCAACCUGUUGUACACAUACAAAAGUCCCCCAUCAUGCCGCCUACAGCCCAGACCGUCACUUACCCUCCCCAGCAGCAGCAGCUUCCUAUGGGCCACCACCUGACCGGCCAGUCUUCUGGACUGCUACAGAACCAGACGGAGUACUAUCAGCAGCAGCAGCCAGGGCUUUCCACCGGCCAGUCUGCAGGGCCUCAGCCUGUGGGACAAGCACACGCUCCAGUCCUGCCUCCAGCCUCUGGAGUGGUGUCACUGCCGAGUCAGGUUGGAGAUGUCGCAGGAGCAGGGGGGGGAUCUGUACCUCCCGGACAGCCAGCUGCGGUCCUCCUGCAGCAGCAGACCGGAGGAAUGGGAGGCGUCGGAGGCUCCAUGCUGGUCGGUGGAUCCGCUGUGGGUCAGUACACAGCCACCGGACAGCCUCAACCCCACGGCCUCCACCCUGCAUCCUCCGGUGUACAAAACGUGCCUGCCAGCGCAGUGAGCUCCAGUGUGCCCACCACUGUGCCCACUGCUGUGCCCAGUGCCUCCAGUGCAGCCAUGCCAAAUGUGACAACCUCCAGUUUGCCUCCGGGUCAGAUACCCCACAGCAGGACUCUAGUGGCUUUGGGGGCGCAGGGCCUCCCAGCAGCUGGAUUUGGACAUGUAGAGGGUGGCAGCGGUGCAGGUGUAGGGAAGUCAGAGGGUCUCGUCAACGCACAGUCUCCUGUCGUCUCUGGGAAGGAACCGGUGAAGCCCCUUAUGCCUGAGAGCCUGCAGCUCGCCACGCCGACUGUCAACAGCCUGUUUGGAAUCCACAUACCUGUCGACGGGGAUGUGGACAGGAACCCCUCCAAGGCUUUCUACCAGGCCUUCCAGUCUGGCAGCAGAUUAAGGGACUCAAAGGCCCACAGUGAUAGGGCCUCGGGAACCAAUGUUGCUGCCAUUGAUAAUAAAAUAGAACAGGCAAUGGACCUGGUGAAAAGCCAUCUGAUGUACGCGGUGCGCGAAGAGGUGGAGGUCUUAAAGGAGCAGAUCAAGGAGCUGUUUGAGAGGAACUCUGUGUUGGAGAGGGAGAACGCCGUGCUGAAAUCCCUGGCCAACAGCGAGCAGCUGUCUCAGCUGCCCGCCCACUCGGCCACCAGCUCUGGCGCCACGCCCCCGCAGCAAGGACUCAGCCAGCCUCAGCAACAGGCCCAGCCUCCGCUUCAAGCUCAGCCUCAGCCGCAGUCACACCCCCAGCUCCAGCACCACCCCAAACCCCAGCAGAUCCAGACGCAGCCUCAGCUCGACCCCGGCCAGCAACAAAUGCAACCCAACGUCACCUCCGCUUGAAGUGCAUCUGCUCUGCUUAGGGCAAGAAAAAAAAAAGAAAGAAGAAGAGCAUCUUCUCUACAACUUAUUACGAUUAGUGUAUGUGAAAUUAAAAAGAAGAAAAAAAAACUUUGUCUUCUUAGCCACCAGCUUGACCACAAAGUACAGUGCUUGUGUGUGUGUGUGCGUGUCAGGGUGCGUUAGCAAGCAAGUGCGACUGUGAAUCGGUGUCGGAAUGUAAGUGUGUAUGCAUCUGUACUGUGGGCCUUUCCAGUGUUAAUGCAAUCAUCAGAGAGAAAGACAGAGAGACUUAGACAGAGAAAGUGUGCAGAGCCAGAGUAUCAGGGAAGGUCGGGGUGUUUGUUUUCAUCUUGGCUGCGUUCCCAGAGUGGUUGACUGCUGCGUCCAAGCUCGUGGACAGGAUGUCUUUUCUUGGACUAGGCUCGAGCCAGACCGGCCCACGACCUGACCUGAAACCUGCUCGACCCGUGGAAAGGGAGGGCUUCGCCUCACAUAAGGGACAAACGGGAGGGAUUGUCAAAAAGAGAGCGAUUAUUUUUUUAAAUGAGAUAACUGAGUGGGUAACGGGGUAUUUUUAGCCUUGCUGUUUCAUGUUGUAAAGUAAGAAGUGGGAGAGAGAAAGAGAGUCAUUUUUUUUUUUUCGGAGCGCCACACCGCUGCCGUUACUUUUACAUCAACUCUUGCAUCAGUCUUUUGAGUUCUACUGUUAAGUGUUUUAUUUAUUACAGGGCUGCUAUUUUCAUAAAUGAACAAUUUCACGAAACCCAUCUAACAAUAGCCCGGUGACUUGUUUCCUUUUUCCUCUACAGUGUUUCAACAGAUUGGCCAUAGAGAGGCAAAGUCCCUCCCUUUCCGGUGUCUCCCAUGGGACUGUAUUCCAGAAAAAAAAAUAUGUACGGUAGUCAACAAGAGACAAAUAUUUUUUGCUCCUAUUUAAAUUGUGCCAUGAAUGACAAAUAAUGUUUGUCAAUUUAGAAGAUAAUUUUGCAAAUCAAUAAAGUCGCAGUUUGUUGUACCAUGGCUGCACAAUUAAUCAGAAUAUAUCGAAAUUGCAGGAGUUGCAAUUUUUAAAUAAAUGUAAAAUGAAUUCAAAUAAAUAAAUAAAAACAUACUAUUAUAAAUAAAUUGUUACUGUUGUGCUGCGGCGAUGUCCUGGCAUACAACUCAUAUUCCUGAUGUAAGGGAACUUGCUUGUUUGGUACAGACCCCAACAAAAAUCACAUUAACAUUAAUUUUGUUAAAAAAAAAAAAAAAAUCAGUUAAAAUUAAACUCGGAAAUUACAAUUCCUCAAAAUUCAUGACUCAUAUUUCCAUUUUCAAAUUAACUGUAAUUGUUUUCCAUAUCCUACAGCCCUACAUAGUACCAUAUAGUUUUGCGUGAAACUCCUCAGUGAACUGUCUCAUCUUAAACAAUGUAUGCCACCGACACCAGCUAGCUAGCUAGUUAAGUAACUUAGCCAUGUUCCUUGCACUUUUUUAACGUUGUCUUACCUAGAGAUAUUCCGAUACAAUUUUUUUUGUUUCCCAAUUCUGAUACCUUAACCUCCUGAUGUAUCAGCCGAUUCAGAGUACCGAUCUGAUAGUGCUACUUCAGGCUAGUAAAUCCAGCAUCCCACUUGCCCAGCCAGGCAAGUGGUGAAUGAGACGUAAACAAAUCUUUUCUUUUUUCUGGAGCUGAUGAUGGAAGUAGCUAAGGAGUGAGCCAUCUUGCUUAGGUAACUUUUUUUGGCACACAACAUUUUGGGUUUUUGUCCAUACAUACUUUUUUAGUAUGAAUCCUGCGCAUUGUUUUAUAAAUAAGACCCCUGUUGCUAUGCUCCUUCCACAAUUGUAACGUUGUACCUAGUUAUGUUCGAUACCAUUUUUUUCCUUCACAAUUCUGAUACCUGAACUUGAUGAUUUAUCAGCCAAUACCAAGUACCGAUCUGAAAGUGCUACUCCCUGCCCAGCCAGGCAAGUGGUGAAUAAGACUUAAACAAAUGGUGUUUUUUUUCUGGAGCUGAUGAUGGAAGUAGCUAUGGACUGACCCAUCUCGCUUCCAUCUCAUCUCUGCCAAGAGUUGCACAAGUGCUUGUGAGAAAAUAGAGGCAGGUAAAGACGAAUCUCAUGAGCUGAAGCGCAAGCGAGCGUUUAAAUUAUCCUGGAAACAAGAAUGUAGUUGGGUGGUGUUAGAGGAUGUGGGCGAAACUCCAAUGAAGUAUUGUGCAGUUUGUCGAAAGUUUGAGAGCAAGGCAGAUAAAAUGGACGUUUUUCAAAGGCGCGUCAGUUUUCCGAAAAAGAUCCUAACAAUUCACUUUAGUCUUUAUUAUUUUUUAUUGGGGCAAGUAAAAUUUGACUUUGGGCAAGUACAUUUCUGACCUGGCAACGAAAAAAAAAAAUGUUGAAUGAUGCUGUUUAUUGGAAGUCAAUUCUUCCCUGUCGCUUUUAAAAAGUAGUUUCCAGUGGCUGCAGAGUGCAACUUGCUGUGUAGGCUACUGUUUCAGAGCGGUGCAAAAUCUGCCCUUUUCCACUUAUAAAACUAGUUUAAAGUUUAUCAAUACAUUGUGGUAUUGGAUCAGUGCAUAGACUCGCAUUCUCGCCAAUACCCGAUCCAGCAUUUUAUGCGGUAUUGGAGGCAAUUCCAAUACUGGUAUUGGUAUCUGAAUUUCUCUGACUUUACCUGAUGAGUUUUAUUCAGCAACUCCUAAUCUGUUUAUCAGCCAGAAAGCUAAAGAACGAACAGGACGUGGGGUCUCAUUUAUGCACAUUGCGUAUGCACAAAAUGAGGCCUUGAUGGGGCAAACUUUGACCCACACUUAAGAACAUUUUGGAGACAGGAAAUUGGCGAUGCAGAUGGUGAGGUGGAAGUCGGACUGUAGAAACUGUCGAAUAUUUUUUGGAGCACGCCAUUUUUGACUUUAGUUCGUACGUACAUUUUUACUAUGGGACCUACACGCUGUUUUGUAAAUUAAAGUUGUCCUGUGAGUAUAUCCCAGUACAAAACACAUGGGCAUCGUAGCUUCAGUGAGAGAGAAAGCUACGACAUCACCCACCCAACUUUGUAAUCACAAAUAUUUUCCAGGGUUACACUUUUAACAGCUUUACGACAAAGUGACUCACUUGUCUUACAAAAUUUUCUUUUAAAUUGACGAACGUUAUGGCACAAUCCAAACAGGAUUCUUUUUU